AUGGGUCAGAUGUUGGAGGCCAGAUCCAAAGGAGCCCCUCCUCUGUUUAUUUGCAGCAUUCCAGGUUUGCCAGGAGCACCGAAAGACUGGACCCCUGGGCCUCGUGGGGAGGAUGGCCAUGUUGGAAUCCCGGGAAGAGAUGGGAGGGAUGGGCGGAAUGGCGAAAAGGGAGAAAAAGGAGAACCAGGUGUCAAGGGCCAACGAGGUCCUCCGGGAGAACCAGGCAUCUGCAGAUGUGGAAGUUUAGUACCCAAAUCCGCUUUCUCUGUAGGCAUCACCAGUAGCUACCCCACUGAGCAAGCACCUAUCAAAUUCAACAAAGUCCUGUUUAAUGAGGGUGUCCACUACAACCCAGAGACGGGCAAAUUCAUCUGUGCUUACCCAGGAAUAUACUACUUCUCUUAUGACAUCACUCUGGCCAACAAGCACCUGGCCAUUGGUCUGGUUCAGAACGGACAGUACCGGAUAAAGACUUUUGAUGCCAACACUGGGAACCAUGACGUGGCGUCUGGCUCAACAGUGAUGUUUCUCAACCCAGAGGAUGAGGUGUGGCUGGAGAUAUUCUACAAGGACCAGAACGGCCUGUUUGCCGACCCCGGCUGGGCUGACAGUCUGUUCUCUGGUUUUUUACUUUAUCCAGAUACAAACUAUAUGGAUACAUUAGCGGAAGACUACAACUAGCAUCUUGAACAGAAGAACGUGUCUAGUGUGAAUGGCCUGUAACUUGUUAAAAAUCACUGUUUAUAUUGUUGAUGCAGAAUAGUGAAAAUGAAAAUUGUGUUACCUAUUAGGGGUUGAACUAUUUCUGAUUGUUUAAAGUCGACUUUUAUGUGAUGAAAGUUGAGUUGAAGUUGACUAGUCGCUGAUGACAUCGUUAACGAACAAAUAAGUCUGGAGCUGUGACAAACCCAUUGUAUACAGCUAUGGCAUAUGACACAGUGCUGCGUGCAUGGCUAUUGCAGUUAUUAUAUAU